GGAACUCGGCCCUGUUUUCCAUUGCUAGUUUUCAGUGACAGGUAGCUUCAGACCUGUGGUGUCAGACAUGUUGACGAAGGGGAAAAAGUUAGGUCAAAUACUACAAGUAACCGGGUACAUUAAACCUGAGGAGACAAAUAAUAAAGACACGGCAGAUGUAAAUUCUGAAGAUUCAGAGGAAGAAGCAGAGGAGCCACAGCCAGAGUUUCCAGAUGAAAUGGAAAUGAACAGUGUUGCUUCUGGUGCACAUUUAUUCGAGUCUUCGGUACCUGCAUUGGACAAAGUUGAGAUCGUGACUUUGUCUGGUGAGGUGCACCAAAUGGAGGGGCGUUUUGCUCUGAAGAGUCCAUGGUGGGAGGUGAAAUGUUCUGUUAAGAGGGUCCAGAGGGACCGGCUCAUCGUGGUUGGAUUUCCCUCCUACAAACUGCGCUCAAAUUUGGACAAAAGAGAGGAUAUUUCUCUUGUGUCGCUGUUUUUGAAUGCCUGUCAAAUAGCACCACAAUUUAUUAAGGAGUUUUUUACCUGGUUGCCACCAGAGAGGGGUGUCUCUCUUAACAACCUGUUUGAAGUUCUUGAUGAAUUUUCAGAAGGAGGAUAUGCAAAUCAGGCAAACGUGAUCAAAACCCAAGUCUCAAAGUCAGAUGUAGGGAAGCAAGUGCGCACAGCCUGUCUGUAUCCACUUGUACUGAAUUACCUUCCUAUCCUGCUGCCCGGUCACUUCAAUCAGCUGCUGGUACACACAGAAAAAGAGGACCAUCUAACUGUGCAGGCUGGACCUGACGGACCGAACAAACAAGAUAAAGACACAGAAGAAGAGGAUACAGAAGAAAAAGACACAAGUUUGUUAGCCAAACUGGAGCACAUUAUAGCUAAUAAUGUGUGGAAACUGGGUUUCAACAAAAUUGUGUCCAGGGAGCUGAAACUUGUGCGCUGUGAGGCUCAGCUUCAGUCCUUUAAGAACUGCAACCUGUUCGAUAAAAUCCCAGCUCAACAGCGCAAUGGCCUUUUGGCGUAUGACAAACUAAAACGGCAUAACCGUACUGGGAGCACCUAUUGGGAAAUUUCACUUUUUUCUGAGGCCCUUAGGAAAGAUUUAGUCAUGUCUCAUGAUGCAGCUGGGGCUGCUAUUGAAUUUCUCGUGGAACAGGAUGUGGUAGUAUAUGACAAAGGGAAGGUGGUGCUGAGCAACAACCAUUUGUAUGAGACUGGCAUUGCAGAGUGUCUGCACUCUUUGGUUGAACGUGAUGUGUGGAACAUCCCUGUGAAUGCUACAGAGGUCCUCUAUGCUGCUGAAGAGAAGAGGCAACAGAAGAAAAUCCAAAACUGUCAGAACGCUGCAACUAAUGCAGAUGAAGAUGAUUACUCUGAAGGGGGUCCUUCUGUUUCUGACUCUAAAGAUUUACCUGUUUCACCUACUAAUGGAGAAACACAACCAUCUGACACUGAUGCUAACAUUCUCCAAGCCCAAUCAUCUGACCUCCUUUCACCAAUUAAGUUGGACCAGGACCAUGUUCGAGCUGCAGAGAUGAUCUGUGCAAAUCCAGUGACUGUUAUCAGUGGGAAGGCAGGCUGUGGAAAAACUACUGUUGUCAGCCAGCUGUUAAAAGCAGCUGUGGAGCAAAGCGACUUGGGGCCACAUGAAGAUUCACCAACGAAAGCUGAACAUGUGUCGCUAAAGAAAGAGGAGAUCUUGCUCACAGCUCCUACAGGAAGAGCAGCAUCUCUGCUGAAGAAAAAGACCUCAUUCCCUGCAUUCACUCUGCAUCAGGUGCUCUAUAGUUUCAUGCGCAUGAACAGGAGGAUAAAGAAGAUGAAAACAGACAAGAACACAGACACGAAGACAGAGGAAAUUCCUGAAUCAUGGAAGUUCAAGGAUGUUCGUGUUUUAGUGGUGGAUGAGGGCAGCAUGGUCUGUGUCCAGAUCCUUCACUCUGUACUCGGCAUACUUCUCAGCCACGCCAAUCUCCAGAAAUUUAUUAUACUGGGAGAUAUUCGGCAGCUUCCCAGCAUCCAGCCAGGAAAUGUUUUACCUGACUUAUUCAACAGUCUGAAACCUGUUCGCUGGGCCAUAGAGAUGAGGACCAACCAUCGCGCAGAGUCUGAACUCAUUGUUAAAAAUGCUGGACGCAUUGCUGACAUGGGCAUGAAGUACCAAUAUUUUCCUCUGGACUUUGAUGUCACAGUGGAUCUGGAAAACCUUCCAACAAGUCUGCCUCCUGAUAAGAGGUUCAUCCUCAUACGUUUGCCCGUAGACGGGCCAGAUGAUGCUCUGCAGACAGCUGUCCAUUUCCUGAUUAAAACUGCUCCUGGGCUGACGGACCAUAAAACUUCACAGUUUAUUGCUUUCAAAAGGAAUGAUGUAGCACUCAUCAACGAUUUGUGUUGCAAACAUUACAACGACCAUAGAACUAAAAAUCACAAAAAAAAGCUACAUUUUCAACCUGGUGACAAAGUUUGUUGCACCAAGAACGGAUACCUGGACGAAGGAGAAAAAAAAGAACAACAAAAGACAGAAGAGACAGACGUGGAGAAGAAGGAGAAGUUGCGCCUCUGUAAUGGAGAGAUUUUCUUCAUUAUUGGGGAUGACACCAGCUUUGAAGAUGGUCGACGCCCCAAACGAUAUCUGACUCUGGAUGGUAAUGAUGGACGUAUAAUCAAGCUGGAGUACCGAGAGCUGCAGAGGGAGUGUAAACUGAGGCACGCCUGGGCCAGGACCAUCCACACCUAUCAGGGCUCAGAGAAUGAGACCAUUGUGUAUGUAGUGGGAGAUGGAAUCGCCCAGACAUGGAAACACAUCUACACUGCUGUAACACGAGGACAGAAGCGCGUCUAUGUGGUCACCGAUGAGCGGGCCAUUGAGGCAGCCAUUAAGAGGCAUGAAACACCAAGAACCACUCGCCUCAGUGGUCUGGUGAAAGACCAGCUGGUGCAGUUAGGUAUGCAUCCAAAAACACCAAUAGGGACACCGUCAGGCUGUAGUCCUCACCCGUCCACACCACUGCACUCUCAAACCCCAGGCCUAUCUGUACAACCUCUGCAGCGUAAACGUCUUUGUUAUGAUGACAAAGAAAAGUCUGUCAAAUCACCUUUAGUGAGCAACAUGAAUGAAUACAAAACAUCACCCAUGAAAAGAUCUGAUGAAGUCUCAGCAAAGCCACCGGCUGCAUGUGAAGAAGUAGAACAGAAAAAACAAAUGAGCAGUGCUACAACACCACUGAGCAGCAAAAGGGUUUUACCUGGACAGCAGCAGGAAGUGGAAAAAAAAAAACCUCGGCUUCAGUGAAACAUCACAGGGGAGUGUGUUCCACUCAUCCACUGUGUGGAAGAAGUAGAACAGCCAUGAUGACGCCGCCCAUUGGUUUUAGCCGAAUGCAUUAAAGCCAUAAGUUUACAUUGGGGCUGUUAUCAGAGGAGACCAUAUUUGGACAAGAAGAUGGUUUAACUUACUGUCACGAUUCAACUGUAAUCAUCAAAGUUUUGUCAAAAUCAUUCGCCAGUUUUGUAAGUGUAACUGACAUUACAACCACAGCUACAGUAGAGCUGUUGGCUG